GAAACUGUCCUUUACUCCGGUGAACAGAGAUAUAUCUGUAUGGGCAGUGUUCGACUUUCGAACGGGUUACUUUCCUGAGAUUCUUCAUAAGUCGAUUUGUUCGUACCUCAAAAUACAAUUUUUUAUUGUACGUACUGUACAUACUAUACCUAAAAUAUGUUUUGGUUCAACGAAAAAUCGGAGCAUUGUUACAUUCAUAACUAAGAGGAAAUUAUGUACAUUUCCAUGUCAUACCAUAAUAAAAAAAGUAUAUAGUAAAUUAAACAAAAUGAAAUAACAUUAAUACGCUGGGUUUUUUUUUCACUUAGCUUGAGUCCUGCUGUCGGCUUGCUUGCUGAAAGGGUGUUUCUAGGAUGCUGGGACUCAUUACAUCUCGCGGAGGAUCGAUUCGCUGAACAAAAUAGUUCUGCGGUUCGGUUCAUAAGUACGACCGAACGUUCGCAAGUCAGAUGGUUAUAAAAAACAACAUCUUGUGGCAGUUCAUUCAUAAGAGCGGAUGUUCAUAAGUUGGGGACUGCCUGUAGAAUAUUUUCCAAAAAUUAACAGAAAUACAAGUAACAGUAUUGUUGGCUUUGGGUUCACAGGACACAAUAGUGGCGCUGCAGGCUCUGUCCGAGUUUGCCGUGUUGCAGUUUGGAAAAGUGUCUGGGUCACUAACUGUCUCUACCGCAUUGCCAAGCAGCCCCAUCACCGUGCAGCUGUCCGGCAUGAAUGCCACGGACAAGCGCAUUGUGAAGAUUUCUACAAGCUCAAACUUAAAUGUGACUCUGUCUGGAACUGGUAGUGGACAAGUUAUUGCACAGCUGAACGUGUUCUACAACUUGCGGGAUUCCCCGGUGGUACGCAGGGCUCGCUCGGCAGCCCCCAGCCCAAGCUACGAGCUCGAUGUGUACUUCGAAGACACCGGGGUUAACGGUUCCAUCGGGGAGCAGGUGGUGCUGACAGCAUGCACAAGAUGGAUGGGCCAGGAUGCCUCUGGCAUGGCCCUCAUGGAGACGAACCUGCUCAGUGGCUUCUUGGGUGAUGACAAAAUCGCCCUAACUGACAACCUCAAGCUCGUGGAGACAUCGACAGGAAAAAUCCACCUCUACUUUGUGAAUCUAAAUGAGAAUUCAACUUGUGUGAACAUCACACAGCAUAGAGUUGCACCAGUGGCAAAAACAAUGGAAGCAUUGGUUUCAAUUAGUGACUACUAUGAACCAAGAACAAGAGUGGAGAUGCAAUACAAAUCCCUAAAGCUGUCUAAUAUAACCUUGCAGUCCUUAUGUGGUGAAAACUGCACGUUUCAAAGCAAUGUACUUGCUGCUGCUAACGAGACCACACUGAAUGCUAGCAGCACUACUGCCGCCACCCAGACCACAGUAAAGGCUAGCGGCAUCAUGUCAGGUAGUGGUAUGAACCCUUCUCUGUGGUUCCUGAUGCCUGCUGCCUUCUGCCUGUCCUGGAUGGGGCUCUGAAGAAUACUCCUCUAUGACUGGGGGGCCUUGAAAGCAUUCGCUCACAGCUAUGUUAUUUGUAUCCACUUCACAAUGUAGUGUGUGUGCCUUCUAAUCAAAUAGAAAAAAUAUGUAAUAAAACAAAUCAUAUGAUACUUUAUAACUUGUAUGUUUCAGUUGCUAAUGUAUGUGUAGCCAAAGAUGGCUGAGCAGGGGGUUAGGAAUAUUGUUUUGGAAUACCGUUAUUGGUGGUGGCUGUCAACUCACAUUUGACAUUUUUCAGCAUGUAACAAGAGCACUCCUUUAAACUAACAUACAUAAUCAUGAUGUGUUAUAGUAUUACCCUCCACAAAUAUAUAAAGGAGAAAUGCAAGUUAAUAAACAUGCAACUUAUGGGCCUGCACUGAUUAAAAAUAUCAAAACCUGAAUCACUUUGUUCAACAAUCAUGAGAUACCAUUACAAUAUUUGCAUUCUCUUUCUGUAAGGGCACACUUUUCCCAGUCCUUUUUUAUUUCUUGGAACAACUGUUGCUUUUGUGUUUAUAUCUGUAACAGUGCCAUAAACAUUCCUUUCAGAGCAGCUCUUUGUUUAGGGAAGUAUGUGCACAAGAUUGAUAACGAAUCAUUGAAAUCAAGAAAGAAUAAACACGAUGAAUUGUGAAUAAA